AUGUCAGCCGUUUCCCAGAUAUCAGACGGUCAGCUCCAAGGCCCAGUCGCCUCAACAAGUUUGCCUACCGAGUCUUCGACGUCGUGGUCACCCAGCACAACCGAAGAGGUCUCAUCGUGGUCGACAUCGUCCUACGAGAAUCCCUUCACGAUCUACACUUCCAUGACCAAUUCCCUGGGAGUCAUCACCGGCAUGCCUUCGGUCGUGACGUCUCAGCCCACGCAGCCCGCCGUCGUCACCAGCCAGCCCGUUUCGCCGACUCUACCCAGCUACUCGGGAUACUACUACGGCAACGGUUCCAGCACCACAUCGACCCAGAGUAUUUCGUCCGGUCCCACGACUCUCGCGACCAGCACGAUCAGUGGGAGCUCGUACAAUAGCGUUUCAACCACCUCAUCAGGGACCGCCAUAGCCACAUUCGCCCAAGUCACUGGCGCAGCAGUCACGAACAAAGUCGCCGGUGCUGGUCUCGGCCUUCUUGUGGCCGCUCUUGGCUUCUCCUUGCUGUGA